AUGGCGCUAGAAAUCCUCGGCAAAGGGAUCACGAAGUUCGACGGCUCGGAUUUUCAAACAUGGAAGUUUGAUAUUAAACAAUUACUCAUCACUCACGGCUUGGAGGAUGUAGUAGACGGCACGAGGGAGCGACCAGCGGGAGACGGAGCCAACGCAGCAGUCAAGGCAUGGAUAAAGGACAACGCGAAGGCGAUGAGCUUGAUCGCAUUAUCGAUCUACGAACAUCGGUCGGCUUCGGGCAAGUUGCUGCUGCUCCAGAGAUAUCAUGAAUACCGGAUGAAACCAGAGGAUUCGGUAAUACAGCAUGUGACGAAUGUGCAAAAACUAGCCAGUCAGCUCAAGGAUGCCGGACAAGAAGUAAAUGAGACCGAUAUAAUGGCAAAAAUACUUGGAUCAUUGCCUCCAAAAUACAGUACACUGGCAACGGCGUGGGACAGCGUGCCGAUAGCGGAACAAUCAGUCGGAGUGCUAUUAGAAAGACUAAUUAAAGAAGAGAACCGGAUGUCGGAAGAAGACAGUGCCGCGAGUGCUCUCGCUGCUUGA